CAGCGCCGCCACACCUCGACGCUUGCCACCAUUCGCAGCAUCCAUCUCCCCUUUCAUGAUACACGUGCCAUGUUCACCCAGUCGUAGCGAACCAGAUGCUAUACCGACCUGCUGCUGCCGUGGUCUGGAAUCUAUUUAUCUCUCCGACCGAAUCUAAAAGUUCGACUGUCACUCUGUCGUCCUCUUUUUUCCACGGUUCAGUCCCCACGGAAAAAAGCCAGGCCUUCAUGGAAACCUCCGACUCUGAAGCCGACAAGAAAACUCCUAGAGGUCCCGACGCCGUUUUGUCCGGGACAUCGGACGACGACGACUCGGCGCCUCCGCAGACACCGACAGGCGACUGCCGCGCGAACGCCUCGACCCUGCUGUCCUUGAACCAGCUCAAGGCGGGAGAGCUCAUGCAGAGGAUCCACGCUGAUACGAGUGAAUUACUUGACCACAUUCAAAGCCUGCUCCAGUCCAACUUCUUGCUGGGCGGUUGUAGACGCAGCAGGAUACCCGGCGUGAUUGCCAGCCACCCAGGCCUGAUCGCCGCGCACACGCUGUCCCAGUACGUCGCCGUCAACGUGGACGAGCUCGUGACGCUAUGCCACGACAGCGCCGCGGACGCCGAGCAGAAACUCCAAGGCGUCGCCCCCUCCCGGGAACGCGAGCGGCGAACGAGGCGCCAGAGGCACAGAACGGACUCUGCGGCGUCCUACUGCUAUCCGCAAAAGGCCCUGAAACGGAGCCGCGCAUCCGAGCUCGUGUGCCAGUCUUGCCAGACGACGAGCACCCCGCAGUGGCGGAACGGACCCGCCGGCCUCUGGACUCUCUGCAACGUCUGCGGGUUGAUAUAUGCCAGACAGGUGCGCAGGAACGGCCUUGUCAAGCGGCAAACCAGUUCCGCCGAGGAUUCGCGGGAUAGUGAGUGCAAAGCAGAGGCGAACGCGAGCUGAGGCGCUUUCUGAAGGGAACACGAUGAUGGUGGCUGGGCUUUUCCGAUAAGAUGGGGGUCAACCCCCUCUUUUUUUUUUCUUCCUUUUUUUUUCUCUCUCUUUUUUUUUCUCUCUCUUUUUUUUUCUCUCUCUUUUUUUU